AUGGAAUGGCGCUAUGUUCGAAGUGAGGAUAACCCUGCUGACGAUGUCACCCGCGGCUUACCAGUUUCCAAAUUAGGGAAAGGCUCCAGAUGGACUGAUGGCCCAGGGUGGCUUCAUGACCCUCAAGAGGAGUGGCAGAAGGACAGCGCAUGUAUCUUGGCACAAACUCGUGUCAACUCUAUAGUUGAACAAAAUGAAAUCAAGAGUGUCUUCUGUGGUCUCACAGUGCCUACCUCAGAGGUUGAUGUUGACUUUACAGCCUUUUCAAGUUGGACAGAAUUGAUCAGUGCAGUUGGAAGGCAGCUGUACCCAGAUGAUCAGUUGCUGGAUGGUAUUCUAACUCCAGAACAAACCCAUGAGGUGGAGAUUUUGUUGCUUCGAAAGGCACAGAGCGAGACCUUCAAGGAGGAAGUCGGUGCUCUUUCGUCCAACAGGGAGCUGUCUCGAAAUAGUCGUCUUCUUGAGUUGGCACCGGAGCUUGACCCGGUUAACAAGCUGAUUAGAGUUGGAGGUCGCCUAAGGAAGGCUUCGCCAACAGACAGACUUGACCCACACCAUCCUGUCACAAAACUCCUGAUAAAGGAUGCUGAUGCCUAUUUUAGUCAUAAGGCUGGUACUGAUCAAGUGUUCGCCCAUUUUUGGCGCCCGUUUUGGAUCUUCCGGGGGCGCAGGAUGGUAAAGGGAAUCUUGCAUGCUUGCCCAGAAUGCCGUCGCUGGCGAGGGACGCCCAGGGUGCCCCGCAUGGGAGAUCUUCCAGAAUGCAAGCUGCGGCUGGAAAAGCCACCCUUCUACUCUACAGGAGUAGACUGUUUUGGGCCCCUGACAGUUAAAAUUGGGCGGCGACAGGAAAAACGAUGGGGGCUACUCUUCAAAUGCAUGACCACCCGAGCAGUGCACCUCGAUAUUCUAGAAAGUCUGGAUGCCGAUAACGUCUUGAUGGCCUACAGGCGCUUUGCCUCUCGCCAAGGAGUUCCCUUUGAACUACUUAGUGACUGUGGAACAAAUUUCUAG